CAUCAGCUGCGCAGCUGAAGCAACAACUUGUAUUUGUUCAAUUGAUGUAUGUAUUGCGAUUCAGAACAUUGGCUUCUCAAUUGUGUUCUAAAACCACUUUUGCUUCACUCCAUAGCGGACCAUCAUUUUCCAGACGUACCCUCACAAGCACGCAUCACUUCAAUAUGCCUCCCAAGAAAGUGAACGGGAAACGAAAGGCUUCAGCGCCACCAGAGUCGAAACCUUCUACCGAGUCGAAAAAGCUGAAGAUCAGCUCGUCAGAUCCUCUCCGACAACCUCACGAGAAAGCUCAAGAAGCCGAGGAAAAUGGCAUCGUACUGCGAAAAUACUAUCCUCAUGAGAUGUCCAAUGCUCGAGCUAUUGCCUAUAACGAUGAUAAACUCCCACGACCAAUCGAUGUUCUGGCCGAAGCCCUCGAGAAUACCAAGUCUGAAAGAGAGAACAUAGAAGUUGGAGAUGCCGUCGUACAUUGGUUCAAGUGCGAUUUGAGAUUGAAAGACAACAAGGCAUUGCAUCUUGCCAGCGAAACGGCAAAGAGCAAGGGAGUCCCGUUGAUCUGUAUAUAUAUCGUCAGUCCGCAGGAUUUCGAGGCACAUUUGACGAGUCCAGUGCGCGUGGAUUUUAUACUCAGGACAUUGGAAGUGGUGAAAGAGGAUCUUGCCGCACUGGACAUUCCACUCUAUGUGGAGACUGUGGGAAAGCGAAAGGCUGUCGAGGGUCGAAUAUUGGAAUUGCUCCAGAAAUGGGGUGCAAGUCAUUUGUUUGCCAAUGUGGAGUACGAGGUCGAUGAAUUGCGUCGCGAAGCGAGAAUGGUACAGAUGUGUCUGGACAAUGGUAUCGUGAUGGAUGUAGUUCCUGAUACUUGUGUUGUCAGUCCUGGUGAGCUAGCAAGUGGGCAGGGAAAGCAGUAUUCUGUUUACAGUCCAUGGUUCAGAGCUUGGGUGAAGCAUGUCCACGAGAAUAUCAAAUUGCUGGAUCUUUUCGAGACGCCUGAGAAGAAUGCAGAGAGUGCUAGGAAGAGGUUUAAGGACUUGUUUGAAAGCAGCAUUCCUGCGGCGCCAGAAAACAAGAAAUUGAGCGAGGAAGAGAAGAAGAGGUUCAGGUCGAUGUGGCCUCCAGGUGAGCAUGAAGCUCAGGAGCGACUUCGUAAAUUUUGUGACGAACGUCUUGGUCAGUAUGGAGCACAUCGAAACUUCCCAGCCGAAGCAGCGACAUCGUCUCUUAGUGUCCAUUUUGCAAGUGGGACUUUGAGUGCAAGGACGGCUAUUCGAACUGCUCGAGAUCAUAACAGCACAAAGAAAUUGGAUGGAGGAAAUCAAGGGAUUCAGACGUGGAUCAGCGAGGUCGCCUGGAGAGACUUCUACAAGCAUGUUCUUGCACACUGGCCGUAUGUUUGCAUGAACAAGCCGUUCAAGCCGGAAUAUACGAACAUCGAAUGGGAGUACAACCAAGAACAAUUCAAAGCUUGGUGCGAAGGAAAGACUGGUUAUCCAAUUGUCGACGCUGCUAUGCGGCAACUCAAUCACUGCGGCUACAUGCACAAUCGAUGUCGAAUGAUCGUUGGUUCAUUCCUCGCCAAGCAUCUUCUGCUCGACUGGAGAAUGGGAGAAAGGUACUUCAUGGAGCACUUGAUAGAUGGAGAUUUUGCUUCGAAUAAUGGAGGAUGGGGCUUUUGUGCUUCAACUGGAGUUGAUCCUCAACCAUAUUUCAGAAUCUUCAAUCCUUUGCUGCAGAGCGAGAAGUUCGACGCUGAUGGAGAGUACAUCCGUAAAUGGGUACCAGAGCUCAAGAAUAUUGAAGGUAAUGCAAUCCACGAUCCAUUUGGAAGGGGAAAGGGCGACAUCGCUAAGAAGAACGGGUACCCGGAACGGAUUGUGGAUCACAAGGCGAGUCGGGAACGAGCGCUGUCACGAUAUAAAGAGGGACUAGGACGUGAUACUGCUUAGGGAUUGUUAUUGGAGGAAAUCAUCAUCGUUCGAUGAUCUUCAAAGCUUGAAUCAAUUAGCGC